CCGACAAGGCCACAGCCUCCACAAGGAGGGCUGUGUCAAAAUAUCGGUAUCUGAAUCCUGAGAAAAGUGCGCUUCAAACCCGGCAGUCGGUUUCGACCCACUACCGCAAAAACACUCAACGCAGUAGAGCUCUCUCACGGACCUCUACUGCGCGGAGCUAUAUGAAGCAAUUAUUUGUUCUCCGCAAAAAGUCUUCUCAAACCUCUAGAGCGUCGUACAAACGACGUGCAAAGGCUUUUAACGCGAGAAGGAAGCAAAAAUACCCGCUAGCUGAACCAAACGACCAAGUAAUGCACUCCCUUAGGAUAAGCCUACAGGACGUUUUCACUAAAAGCAAGGUCCUUACAAAAUGCAUUCUCGAAGGUUUAGCAAAAAUUCCAAACUGGAAGGACGGCAAAAACAAAGCAGCCCAAAAGUUCACUGCAUGUAAGCUUGCUGCCAGUGUGAGGCUCAGCCUACUGUAGCUGGCCUCCUAGGGGUCAAGAGAGACGUCAUGGACCAACGUUUCACGUGCAUUAAGGACUUUGGCCUUAGGUGCCAUACAGAUUGUAGAGAGCCUUACUUUUACGAAGCUGGUUACACCCACGACCACCUGCCUGAAUGUACGUACACUAGCCAGUGCACAAACUGCCCACUCCGAUACAGGUGAAAACGACCGGUGAGUGCAUGCUAGCAGACCACAAUCCUAUUGUGUCUGAAAAAACCCCUCAGAAAAAAAAAUUACCCAAACCAAGGUGGGCCUGUACGGCAAGGUGUAGGCAAGUUUCAAACGUAGAGUUUGAAAGAAUUGCCGAUUUGCAGGACAUGUUUUGCGAAGACCUUCAAGUCCUCAGAGACCGCCUGGACGGCCUCCACACGUGUCCGUAUGUGCACACGCACACGCACAUACAGGAAUGGGAAGUCCCGCUCGACCCCGAAAUUCCAGAUCACGAAUUAAAGGCGGGCAAUUUGAGGAUGGGCCAUCCCCACGUUUGUCACUUGUUCGGGAGCGUUUGUGACAAUCAGUUGAGGAUUCUCAGAAACGCUCUCGUGCACUAUCCCGCCCUGUCCAAGUUACAAGGGCAAGUGUACGAAGCAAUAAGAAAGAGCAACAAAAUAGCAAAGCUAGACGCUGGCAUUAAAAUCCACGACUAUCAGCUGCUCCUAGAAGCUUGCGAACUCACUUUCGAAAAGCUGUUUGAUCGCAAUUGCGUAGAACCACAGGAUGUCGGUAAAUGUAGCGAUACGCUAGACACACCCUUUAGAGUUAAACAUCUAGAAGCUUUGCUCAUGUCUAAGUACGCUAAAUUAAUUCAGCAGUACGAGAAAAAAGUCCGCGACUAUGCGAUACACCCGUGCAUGUGUUGCGACCAACUGUUCCGCUGUGGUGGCCCCCGAGAGCCUUCCCGAAAGUUUUGCCUGGUUAACCGUCAGAGCUUACGCUUUGCUGGUUAACGAGGAUGUUUGGGAGGAAGAAAAAGUUUACAUGUGUAACCACUGUAAACCAAAGAUGAAGUUGGACAUAAUUCCACCUAGGGCCGUAGUGAACGGUCUAGAAACGGCACCCCUGCCAGACGAGCUGAAGGGGCUCGACGCCUUUAGCUUGCAAUUGAUUCAACUAGCGAAAACGACAAUUGUCUCAAAGCGUGCCGCGGUAACAUGUUCAUUCUGCCAUUGCCCAUGGCAAACACGGCUGAAACGCUAGCUCUGAACGAAUGCGGACUGCCUAAACCGCAGCUGUACGUUAAAGUCGACGGGGUUCCCACAAAGAAAAACGUUCUUUGGCGGAAGUUCGUCGACAUAAACAAAAUCGAAGGAGCUUUGACAAAACUCAAAGAAAUCAACUGGUUGUACGUAGACGUGCAACCGGGAAAAGUAGAACAGUCCAUGGAGGACGUAGUCAUAGAGGUUGCAAACAGUGCAACCAGUACCAUGCUCGAAAAGGUGACCGACAAGUCGGGAUACGCGGCCGGUAUACAAGUUUACACGGUACGUAGUUUAGACACGUUCAAACCCAACGUUGCCGACAUAGACCAGUUUAAAAUGCUCAAGGUAGACAAAUAUCCGUUAAAAAGUAGCCAGGAGCAUUUAGACGUCAUGUGCUUCCCAAACCUUUUCCCAACAGGUAGAUUCGGCGAGUUUCACCCUCGUGACGAGCAGCGAGUACGUAAAGUCGCGUCUAAACAACAAAGACUCUAGGUACAGAAAAAGUAGCGAGUACCUGUUCUACCUCACGCACCAAAAACUCUUGAGAGAGAUCAAAGCGGGAAUUUUCAACGUGCUUAAAAACACCACGAACAGACAUUCCUCUGUCAAAGACCUGCUGAAACAGCUAGAAAAAAAAGACGGCGAGCUAGAGGGAAACCUCUCCACAAUCAUGCGUAGUGUGCGUGGAACCAAGGAACCAAGCAGUACUGGCAUAAAACUGCCGGUGAAUUGAAUGCUCUAGUUAGGGAGAACGGUCCAGCUACCAUUUUCAUGACGCUAAGCUGUGCAGAAUAUAGCUCGCCAGACAUUUUGGAGUUCCUUAAGCUACUCGGCGACUAUGGUCCCGGCUCAAAAGUAGACAUCUCUAAAAUGUGCAAUGAAGACCCCGCCUCGGUGUCCAAGCAGUUCUCGCACAAAUUCCACGCGAUGUUCCAAAUUGUAAUUAUGCGUGGCAAGUUGUUUGGCGAGGUGGUGUGCUCUUUUAUCAAAAAAGAGUUUCAGGACAGAGGUGCACCGCAUUACCACGUCAUGCUUUGGAUAAAGGGAGCCCCCGUGAUGGGGGUCGACCCCGAUCACGUGGUUCUCGCCUGGAUACAGGAGAGAAUCACAUGUAACAUCCCAGACAAAGAAACUGACCCGGAACUGUACGCCUUGGUCAUGAAAUAUCAGAUGCAUCGGUGCAACAACUACUGUUCUAGGCCUAGACACAUGGGUAAGGGAAAGUACAUUAAAAGGUGUAGAUUCAACUUUCCCAGAAUAGCGACGGCCACGGCCUCUUUAAACGCCAUGGACAAAACCAAUACUAGGCAGAGAGUGUACGAUCUUCCCAGAAAAAGGCCAAGAAGCCAGAAUCAACGAUUACAAUCCCUUGCUGCUGCACCUUUGGAAAGCUAACGUUGACGUCCAGUACAUAGCCGAGACCAGCAUGGCGCUCACCGGUUACAUUACGGCGUACGUCACAAAAGCAGAGAAAAGCGCCAUGCAAGACACAUUUGCGGAACUGUCUAGCCUGUCUAGCACGGGCACUACUCUCUACAAGAAGUUGUGGAAGUUUGCUUUAAUAGCCUUUAAAACCUGAGAAGUAGGGCAGCACGAGGGGUACGACCAAGUUACAGGUGACCACUUUCAUGAGAAAUCAAACGAUGUUCACUACGUGAAUGCUUCGCUACCGUACAAACGCAAUAGAAAGCUCAAAAACUACGCUCAGCUCUUAAAAAUGAACCCGAAAAGCACUGACAUGUACGCCCCCUAGCCUGAUAGACGUUCACUAUCCAAACAGGCCAGACAGACUGUCCUCCAUGUGCCUGCACGACUUCGUCGCACACAUUGACUGGUACGCUAGGGACCACCAGGGUGAGAAAACGUACAGGAGGCUCGUCAAACCUCGCGUUAUCAGUCACCCCACGUACGACACCAACAGAAAAGAACAGGAGCAAGAGUACUACUACUGCCUCAUUCUGCUCUUUGUCCCGUUCGUUGACGAGGGUGACCUCCUCCUCGACGGAGAGUCGCCUAAAAUGGCGUUCGAGAGGAGGCAGAACGAAGGCCUCCUCGCUCACCACGACAAGCUCCAGAAGAUGUUGGACGUCAAUAAGAGAUCGCGGGAUAUCUCAAACGCCAGAAGGUCGAAACGUUAGAAAAAAGAGGUGGAGGACGACGAAGACGACGUCAACCUCCUGCUCCAGGGCAUGGCUAAAUCACACUUGGAUCGCCAUCUCGAGCUAGACUUCGACGUAGACCCCAUAACGCUGGACAAGAGACUGUCCAUGCUAAACGACGACCAAAGCCGUGUGUACAAAAAAAUCACUGGGCAUUUGUUGCACGAAUUAGACCACGAAAAAGGAGCCUGUAAAUGCACAGACAUCAAACCGUUGCAAAUGUUUGUUAGUGGUGUGGGGGGAACGGGCAAGUCCUUCCUCAUUCAGGCGCUUAGAGCGUUUGUCAAAGCCACGUGGCCGGAUUUACCCAAUUCAAGUGCAGUAACCGCCCCCACGGGCCUAGCAGCUUGUAAUGUAAACGGUGUUACCACCUACCAGCUCUUUCAGUUGCCGAUAGAGCACGACAGUAAAACUGCAUCGUACUGGGAACUGCCCAAACAAACGCUAAAAUACCUCAGGCAACAACUAAUGAACGUAAAGGUGUUCAUAAUUGACGAGGUGUCCAUGGUGUCAAGUCUCAAUCUAACGUACAUACAUUUGAGACUUGACGAGAUCUACGGGGGGGCCGAAUGGUUUGGGGGUAAAACAAUGCUCUUUGUGGAACAAUGCUCUUUGUGGGCGACAUACUCCAGCUACCACCCGUUAACGGUGCACCGGUGUUCCAAAGCGUUCCCACUAAAGUGCUAUCACUCAGAAUAGGUUGCAUAGGGUCCGCAAACAUUUGGAAAAGCACAGUAGUGUACGACGAGCUUACCAUUAACGAAAGACAAAAAGGGGACAAAUUGUACACUGAAAUACUUGACGGCGUCAGGAGGGGAUAUCCUAGCGAACAGGCAGUCUCUCUCCUGACAGAACGCGUCUUCGAUGUGGCCGUACUAGAAAAGUACGAGCAACUGAAACGCGAGGGUAAAAAACCCAUAUGCCUUUUCUCGACUAGAAAAGCGUGUGCAACAGUUAACUCUGAUCUUUUAAACACUCUAGACAGUAAGAUAAUACCACUGCGUUGUAGAGACGUCAUCGACGAGGGUGCCUGCGCCAACGGAGAGUGGAACAAACAGGCCGAAAAGCGUCUAACAGAAAUGAACAAAGACAGCAGCUUGACAGCUGGUCUGGAAGAAGUGCUCCAUCUGGCCGUUAAUGCCCGCGUCAUGUUGAGACGAAACCUGUCCACCGAAGACGGUCUAGUAAACGGAGCCAUAGGCACCGUUCUUGAAAUAGAAUCUAAACACGUGACUGUUAAGUUCGACCGUGUGGCAGAACCGUACAAAGUGACCAGAGUCGCUAACCGGUUCUGUGUCCUCUACAUUUCCAGGAACCAGUUCCCUCUAAUAGUCGCUUAUGCCGUCACCAUACACAAGAGCCAAGGUCUCUCGCUCGACUGUGCCAUCAUUGACCUAUCUGACAGCGUGUUUGGUGAGGGCAUGGCGUACGUGGCGUUGUCCAGAGUCAGGUCCAUAGACGGUGUACACCUGACGUCCUUUACACCCCACUCCAUCAUGGCCUCUAGAACGUGCGUGGAGGAGUGUAACAGGCUCAGGCUAGCAUUUAGGCCAGACUUGGCAGCGUACGAAUUGCCCGUUAAACAAAACAGAAAAAGGAAAAUGACAGCUGCGAUUGUCCCGCCAGCCAAACGGCAGUGUACGGUUGAAGGGAGUAAUGUCGACAAACCCCCAGUUAAGAAACGAAAGGAAAGGACGCCUGCGGUCUUCCCGCCAGCCAAACGGCAAUGUAACCUUGAAAGGAAAGUCCCCAGCAAUGUUGACAAACCCCCAGUUAAGAAACUAAACGAGGCAGUCACCUCUGCUGGUGAUUGCCAUAUAGUUGAAGACCCAGAGAAUCGUGGUAGCAAUCACGGUGAAUCCUUCUGCUUCAACCCUCUGGACGAGGUUGAACAGAAAUCGGCGUGUUUGCUGCUGAAAAUUAAUCACCGCAGAAAUAUCGUCACCGCCGGCGGACCAAACAUUGCCCUGACUCGGCCCCAUUUACCCUCGCUCGUUGACACGAUGGGGGAUGGAGCGUGCAUGUUCAGGGCAAUGUCUGUGGUCAUUACCGGCUAUCAACGUCAACACAUUACUGUCAGGCGAGCCAUUGUAAAGCACAUGUGUGAUUUUCAACAUUUGUUUAAUGGUAAACAUUGGUUGAUCGAUGCAGGUUACCCGGACAUGAUCUCCUACGUCAGGGCCACGCAAAUGGACCAAACACGUACCUGGGGAACUCACUUGGAGAUCUUUGCACUGGCCCAUCUGCUCGAGCGAAGGGUGUUCGUCUACUCGAGAACGGCUGGAAAUGCCUGGCUGUGUCACUGUCCGAGCAAAAUAGACCCCAACAUCCCCCCUCCUCGGGACAAAAAGGGUUUGUAUAUUUAUCACACGGGUGACCACUACAAAGUAGUGACAUCUGUGACAAAGUAAGUGACUCUACGUGUAGAACUUACGUCCCUCCCUUUCAAUGUUUCACACGUACUCUGUGCGUAGGUUGCCCAUUGUUGUUAUACAUGGAGACUUACGUCAAACGGUUUACUGCCCGUUCAUUGAAUGUGUGGCUAAAAGUAUUCCUUCCAUCAACAUAAUAUGGGUAACCACCUUUUCUUUCUUUUAUUACUUAAAGUAAUUGACUCUAAGUGUAGAACUUAAUUGUUCAAUGUUUCACACGCACUCUGUGCGUAGGUUGCCCAUUGUUGUUUAUUCAUGGAGACUUAUGUCAAACGGUUUACUGCCCGUUCAUUGAAUGUGUGGCUAAAAGUAUUCCUUCCAUUUGUGUCUCUGAGUGGGCAACCAUAAUUUCUUUUCAUUAAAACAUUUCUUUUGAGCGUCAAUACAGUGAGUGAAGACUAUUGUGAGUAUUCAAUGUUACUGUGUUUAUCCCCUGCAGUGUCCCAAUAACAAAGACACACGUGAUGUGAACGGGGUGUAUAGGGCUCUAGGCGAAUCCCUCGAAAACAACGAAAAACGAGAUGAAGGCCGUACCUCAAAGGUGUCUUGGAAACCGGCCAAAUGAAACGAAACAAAAAACAAAACACUAACUCAUAUACAUGUUUUGCUAUUUAUUUCUUCUAUUUAAUGCUCAUUUGGCACUCCCACUUGCAGCUGUUUGUGGAAAAAAUUUAUUUGAUUAAGAAUUUACUUAGACAGGCAUGUAAUUACAGGCCUCACUGUAUUGAGGCCUUGUGAAGGAGCUAGUGAUGAUGAUUGAAAUACUAAUCUGGGUGGUCUCGAGGCUAGUCAUUGUUAAUUUGUUGUACAAUUCACAUUAUUUUAUACACAGUAGGUUUUACAUAGAAUUGUUAUAAUAUACAUUCAAGAGUUCAAUCUAUCAAGAGUACUACUUUAUUUGAUUUAUGGUCACUGGUGCAUUGAAUAUCUGCAGAUGGAGGAAAUUAUGGAAAGUUCAAACAACACUAUUAAUUAAAUAAAACUUCAAUACUGCACCACCCCCACCACGGCCCCUACCUCUACCUCGCUGUGGAGUGGGAGCAGGAGGCAUGUAGUCUUCAUCACUAGAUUCGUAUGAAUCUGUCUCCAUUGGGAAAGAAUUCAGUGUCAGUUAAAGUGAGAUGGAGAGAGGAAGUACUUUAAUACCUUGCACUGCAGGAUCACUGGGAGGAGAGCUAGAGACAGGCCUUGGAGUUGGAGAAGGAGUGACUGGAACAGGGGUCCUUGCUGGACGCUGAGGUGUUUCUUCAGGCGGUUGCCAUACUGUAUCACAGUUAUACAAACUGGUGGUCUACAUACCUUCGAAGUACUCUAUCAAGAUGGCUAUACUACAAAUAUUCCUAUAUUCCUAUAGUACAGACGGUGGGUCGAACUCCAUGGACGUUACUCUUUCACUAGCUUGUGUCACACUUUGUCACUUAUAAUACACUAUUAAAUUUAAAUACUACUGUAAUAAAAAAGAAAGGGAAUCUGACUAGAAAAACAUUUGCAAUGUGACCCAAGGGAAACCUUUAAAAAGCGUGGAAACAAGAAAUUCGGCGAGUGGAUAACUCCAAUCCGUUACAACGUAUGUAACUUGUAUAAUAAUAAAAAUAGCAUCACAAUAGUGCAGUGACAGAUUAACAAUCUUUCAAUUAUAGGAUCAUUAAUUCUGGUGGUGGCAAAUUGAGCAGUCUUUGGCUAUCACAUCUAGUUUGUUAAUUGUAGGGUAAAUGAUUGUCUAUACACUGACAGUAUACACAUGCAAUGUCACAGUGUGUCCCUUUUAGCUCUUUGUUUAAAUAUAUAUCCCAGUAGCUAGUAGCCCUGAGGCUAUUGUUCUUUUAUGAAAUCAUUAUCAUACUUCAUGCAUCAAUGAUUGUCUGGACUGUCUUUGCUCUUUCUAUUGGGACUGUCUUUCUUCUAGAUCUUUGUCUUUAUUUGUCUCUUUACUUGACACUGUCUCUUAGUAUAGCCCAGUAGCUAGUAGCCCUGAGGCUAUUGUUCUGUCAAGAAAAUUCAUUAUCAUACUUCAUGCAUCAAUGAAUGGUCUGGACUGUCUUUGCUCUUUCUAUUGGGACUGCCUCUCUAUUGGGACUGCAUGUCUUUCAUCUAGAUCUUUGUCUUUACUUGGCACUGUCUUUGCUCAAAACUGUAAAGGGGUAUAACAAAACUAAAACACAUACUUUAAACACAUACCUUGUAUCACAAAGUUUCAAUAUGAUUAUGUAAUACUAUGUAAACAUUCCAAUCAUUCAACUUACCCUAUAUAUACAUACUAGCAUUAACAUAAAGUACACAAAAUAACUUAAUACAUUUCGGGAAUAAUACAUAAUAAUAAUACAUUUCGGGAAUUAGUACAUGUGAAUGACGUUGUAACGGAUUGGAGUUAUGCACUCGCCGAAUUUCUUGUUUCCACGCUUUUUAAAGGUUUCCCUUGGCUCAAUCCUAGCAAUUUUUCACAUUGCAAAUGUUUUUCUAGUCGGAUUUCUAUUGAUUUCUAUUGAUUUCUAUUGAUAUCAAGUUGGGCUGUACGAGAUUUCCCUCGUUGCCGGUCCCUCGAGUUUAACGAACCAUCGCCUGGAAGUGUGCUGUCAACGCUGUGGGUAGAGUGCCCGAGCUGGUAGGGGUCAGUGGGGUUGUAGUUGUUGGCACGAUGGGAGCAGUGGAUGGGACGACUCCAUGACCAGUGACCGGUAGAGAGAAUGGUAGGGAGAUUGGUAGACGUCUGAUAUCUCGACUUAGUUCAGAUAUGGUUUAGAGACAGCACGAGGCUUCAACUUUAGAGGAUGAUUGCGGCCUGCUCCUUGAUGUUAACCCCAUUUAAUAUGCUAAUAAAUUCCAUUUGUUUGUUUCAAUUGAGAGUGUUUCAAUUGAGAGCGGCCUGGAAUCGAGGUUAUGCAACUAGUUAAUGGGAGAAUCAAAGUUCUACUGCAACUAGCCUCGAUUCCAGGCCGCUUUCAAUUGAGAAAGACGGCCUCUAGUGAGAGGGGCUGGGAUAGAGGCUAACAUGCUAUUAGAGCCUCGCUUCGAAUCGUAUUUAGUAAAGGUCGACUUACUACAAAACACAGAAUAAGGCCUACUCAUAACAUCGGCUCCUUUGACACACACGGCACGGUCCUAGUCUCGAAUACCCGCCUCAACCUAUACAAGCUUUUAGGUUGAGGCGGGUAUUCAAGACUAGCACGGUCCCAUACUGACCUAGUUGGGCGCCUAUUAGCCUCGAUUCCAAGCCGCUGAGAAAGACGGCCUGGUAUACACUGUUUACGCAUGCGCCAGAAUUACCCAGAAUCUGGGUAAUCGUAAAUUGCAGUAUCUUAGUGAGGUCUGCAACAACGUGUGCACAGAACCAGAACUGUUACCGGUUACAGGGGAGAACCUAGCAGGAGCAAGUGCCAAUAUACAACCGGGUGCACGCCUAGACAUUGCAGCCAAUGGAGUAUGGGGUGGCUCCUCUGAAAGAACUUAUUUUGAUGUCAGGGUAUUUAACCCACACGCUGCAUCCAACAGACACACCGACCCUCAAACAGUCUACCGCAAGCACGAGCAAAUAAAGAAAAGGGCCUAUGAACAAAGAAUUCUAAACAUCGAACAGGCAUCCUUUUCCCCAUUAGUCCUCUCUGCAACAGGAGGCUUAGCUCGUGAAGCAACCACCUUCUACAAGAGACUCGCUUCGAUGUUAGCAUCUAAAUGGGACCAAUCAUACAGCAGCACACUAUGCUGGCUCCGUUGCCGACUAACCUUUUCCCUCCUUUGCUCAUCGAUCCAAGCCAUCAGAGGGUCCAGAUCGUCAAGUGGACACCCCUUUAGAUCUGGGGCCAUCGACCUGGUGAUCUCGGAGACCCACCUCCACCAAUAAACUGAACCUUUGUAUGCACCCUUAAUCCUCUUUAUUUUCUGUACCCUCCACCUUUCAUUGUGUCUACAUAGAAGCCCAUUCCCCUGUAUACACUACCUUACAUGCUAUUAUUUUACCUUAAAAAAAAAAAAAAAAGUAUAUUUAUCAGUAUUCUUAUUCCGCAUUAGUUUGUAAAACAUUGAUAUCCGUUUCAUUUAUAAUGAUGUCAUUGAAAAAAGAAAUCUAGUCCAAGUUGUGUAAUGGCUGCUACCUUCUCUUCUGCUCUCGCGUACGCGUUAUCCUGUGUUGGAAAACCAGGUCUAGUCUUGAAAGACAAGCAGCUGGAGGCGUUGAAGUGUCUGUACGCUGGUGUUUAUGUGGGUACCGUACCGACGGCUAUGGCAAGUCCCAGAGCAAGUCCAUCUGCUUUCCAGACACUCCCUUUCUUGAUUGAUGUGAAGCUUGACAGGACCAGUGCACCUCUCUCUGAAAGAAGUGUUGUGAUGGUGAUUUCUCCUCUUGUUUCUCUGAGUGAAGCCAUCUUCAAAGUGUUAGUGUGUCUGUUCGACGUUCAGUGCCAUUCUCUCUGGAAGGAAGCAUUGUUGUGACAUUUGCCGAAAAUUGGUCACAGAGUAAGUACGUGGUAUCUGAUCCGAGAACUGUGUGGCCUGAAUGUGUUUACAAUCCGAGGGACUUGUGUGUAUCCGAUCCGAGGGACUGGUUGCUUGAGUGUGUAUCCGGACUUGUUGCUUGAAUGUGUAUUAAUGGAUAGUGCUUUCAAUGGUUUAACUAAUUUCUUAUGAGAUUAACUUGUCGCCUGAGUGUGUAUCCGAUCCGAGCCUCAAGUUAAUGAAUAAAUCUACAGAGCUGAUGUUUUACUUAGCUGUCUCUGUCUACAGUAUAUACAGAGAGGUAGCCUCUCCUUUUUCUUUUUUCUGUUCUUUAUCACAAUAAGAUAAAAUACUGUUUUAAUG